AUUAGGGCUCUGCUCAAGGAGUUGCUCCCACAGCACAACUCGCAGCGCUACAGCAAGAAGCACCACUAUUCCAACUGUCACCUAGCAAGAUUACUGAAGAGCAAUUUAAGAAGAGGUACGGGCUGAUCGAACAGAUACCAGAUGCCACGCCUCCCUAUGAUCGGUAUAAUCGAAAGAUGUUUCCAGGAGGGAGAGCGCCGUGCGUGUAGUUGGAGGUUAAAGAUGUGUACGCCACAUUGGUUUUCCAAGACAAGGGCCGGCAAGCAUUUUCUCUAGGCUCUUGUGUUCAUUUGCCCUUUUCAUGCUGUACAAGGCAGAGUGUAAGCACGAUGAGCAGGAACCAGAGUGAGGGGAGUUCCAGUUAGAAAUGGGCUUAGAGUUGGAGGAGGAUGAGGAGGCACAGGAUGAGGAGGCCGUUUUUCUGGACCUGGAGUUUCCACAUGAUGGCAUUGAUCAACCUACUAACGAUGUCACCUCCUCUGAGGAGGAACAGGCCGAGCUUGAUUGGCAUUCAGGCAUUCUAGCGUUCACCACCUCGAUCCUGGAUGUGCGUACAUUAAAAUUGGGAAUUGAUGUGAAGCACCGCGAUCUGCUACAGGUUUUCAUGUACGUGGAUCACUGCCAGCUUAGGGAAGCAAGCAAGACCUCCAACAUAUCUUCAUGUAUGUACCAGUUUCUAGUUUCGUGUUUUGAAAUCAAUUUCUGUUUGUUUUGUGUAUGCCAUGGACAUGAGGGAAUGGCGAUAUGCCAUUUCUGAGAUCGAUGGAUAUGUGCAGGUCAAGGGAAACCAGCUGGUUGAAGCUUCUCUGCAUUAGUUCCCUGACUCACCCACAGAGCCGAUCUCGGAAGAGUUCACACGCGCCUUCACCACGCAGGAGGUUCGGGAUAAGUUUGCAGCCUGGAGAGCAUCCUUGUUAUCGGAGGACAUUACGAUUCCGGAUGGGUCGCACCCUGUUGGCCGGUUGCUCCAAGGUGAGUUUUUGUCGUGUGUUUAAAGUCUGUUGCCUUGAACAGGCAUGGGGGAUGCCGAGCUUUGAAAGCGGCUUUGCAGCCAUCUCAGUGGGAGAGCUCAAGUUGUACUCGGGUACCCUGAUUGGCCAGUGAGUGCGGCGCUGGACUCGAAGGAAAGUUUGGUAGUUCGCACCUGAUGGUGGGCAUGCUAGCCCCAUGGAUUAACGUGAGGUUUUCUCGUGGAGGUGUAAGCGAGCGUGUCAACUUAGACUUCUAACUACAACCUGCAAUAUUUUUGUCUCUGUGUU